AUGAAUAUUGCUCUCACAACAUUGGUGGUCUUCCUAGCAGCUUUUGCACCCAUCUCCUGUGCUACAUCAGAGGUUCCGGCAGAAAAGUCGCGAUUAGAAUCUUGGUUUUCGGAACAUGUGAAGCCCUUAGCGGCCCGCAAGGCGGAUCUUGAUCCAGCCCUUGUGGCCGCUGAAGAAAGCUCCACCGUCGUCAAAGUAAGGGCCGACGGAAGUGGAGAUUUCAAGACUAUCACCAAAGCCAUUGCCAGCGUUCCUGUUGGUAACACCAAGCGCGUCGUGAUUUGGAUUGGAGGAGGGGUUUAUAAAGAGAAGGUUACGAUCGAUAGGAAUAAGCCAUUCAUUACCCUUUAUGGCUCUCCUAACAAUAUGCCAAACUUGACAUUUGAUGGAGACGCUACAAAAUACGGCACCGUUUACAGUGCAACUUUGAUCGUCGAGGCUGAUUAUUUCGUUGCUGCAAAUCUCGUGAUUGAGAAUUCAUCUCCAAGGCCGGAAGGGAUAAAAGGAGGUCAAGCAUUAGCGGCGAGAAUAAGAGGUAAUAAAGCAGCGAUUUACAAUUGCAAAUUCAUAGGGUUUCAAGACACCCUGUGCGACGAUGACGGGUUGCAUUUUUACAAAGAUUGCUUCGUCCAGGGCACAGUGGACUUCAUCUUCGGGAAGGGAACGUCCCUUCAUUUGAACACUCACAUGAACGUGGUGGGAAUCGGGGGAUUGGGAGUGGUGGCAGCGCAUUCAAGAGAAAAGGAAGAUGACCCGAGUGGGUAUGUGUUCGCGCAUUGCAGCAUCACAGGAACAGGGGGGAAAAACACUUAUCUGGGAAGAUCAUGGAGGCCAUGGUCUAGAGUUGUGUUCGCCUAUACCAGCAUUGCGGACAUCCUUCAUCCUGAAGGCUGGGACGACAUGAACAACCCCGCUUAUGACCAUACGGUUUUCUACGGAGAAUACAAGUGUUCGGGGCUGGGAGCGGUAUCCACCGGGCGUGCCAAAUUCGGGAAGCAGCUCAGUAAAGCACAAGUGAAACCCUUCAUCAACCUUGAUUUCGUGCACGCCCACAAGUGGUUGCUUCCCCCUCCCAAACUAUAGGCUUUCACGCUUGC